AUGAGUUCCGACGAUGAGCAAUCCGAUGAGAAUCCGAUGCUGGCACGUCAUCGAAAAGAGAAGAAGGAGCUGCGAGGUUUGUGCUAAUUGGCACGUAGAAUCUUCGCGAAAAUUCUCCCGGGGACGGCGGACAAAUCUAAAAAUAUUAUGUUUUUACUCUUUGAAAUUGGCGCCGAAAAAUGCGUAGUCAUUUUAGUUUUACUAAAAGCUUCCAAAAGAUUUGUAAGUUUUACACUUUCCGACUUGACAAAUUUCUACCGAGUAGGUCAAAAACGCAGCGUUAGGCAGGAAUUUUUUGUUUUUCAAUUUUCGGCCUCUAAAUAGACAUGAUUUUCCGAAGAGAAUCGCGUGAUUCUGUGCCAAAAUGAGAAACGUUCAUUGGUGGGUUUCAGCCAGAAACCAGGCGGCGAAGAAGUCGGCGAAGAGCGGAAACAAACAAAGACAGAAGGAAGUGAAUGCCGAGGUGAGCGUUUUUUUUCGAUUGAAAAUCACGAUAAUCUGUUGCAGAUUGAGCGAUCCGAAAGAGAGCUCGAAGAACGACAUCAACGGGAGCUGGCGGAGGCCGCCGGACCGGCUCCACCGCCAGCGGAAGAUGCUCCGUCGGCUGCCCCGCUCCCGCAUGAAGCCGCACGGGAGGAAGGAGAGGACGAGGACGACGAGGCGACUAGUUCGUGCGCCCAGCAGUUCUACAAGUCGCUGAAAAUGUCGAAGAAGUCGGAGAAAAAGCUGGCGAAACGGAAGGCGAACGCGGAAAAAAUGGCCAAUGCGGAGAAGGCGGACAAGGAAGCGGCAAACCGGAAGGACACGGCCAAGUACUGCGAGAAGGAGAACAUCAAGAAGGUGAGCUUAGAGCCCGAAAUCCUCACAAUCGACUCGAUUUCAGAUGCUCACGGAGGCGCGACUCAAAAUGGUUGAGAUUCCAGCCGACGGCGACUGCAUGUACGCCUCCAUCGUUCAUCAAUUGCAGGAAGUCGGAAUCGAGGUGACCCUUCGCAUGAUCUUCCAUCUCCACAAUAUUCGAUUUUUGCAGACAUCGGUGAAGCAUCUGCGUCGUGAGUGCGCAGAGUAUCUGCGCGAACAUCCCCUCGAGUUCCUCGACUACCUGGACGACACGGACUUUGGGCGCGGCCUGGUAGCGGCCGUCGAGAGCCCGCUGCUCUUCGCGGAUCGGCCGUCGGGACCGACUGUCCACGAGUGGAACGUCUACUUGCGAGGAGUCAGUCAGAUGGCCGAAGUGGGCGGAGAGUGGGGUGGAACCGUCGAGCUGACCGCGUGCGCCAACAUUUUCGAGAGAACCAUCGUGGUGAGUCCGAAUUUGAGAGGAGCCCACUUAUCUCCGUUUUCCAGGUGUACAAGGACGGCGGCGGCGGCGAGGAAGUGCUCGGCGGGCAGUUUCUGAGCCGACAGAAAAAGGCGCUGAGCGUGGUGUUCCUGCAGAAGAUGUACACGCUUGGAGAGCACUACAACUCGACGACUCCCAUGUGA